CAUGGCAACCAGUGCUGUCCGUGCAGCAGGUAGCAGCAGAACGCUGAAGCAACUGUUAUCCGAGCUGAAAGCCAUCCGUUCCAGUGAAGGUGCCGGUGCAUACUCGCUGGCCAGCAAGUACAUAACGGAGCAGUAUCGACGGUUCGAAACAACCGAACAGCAGCACUGUCGAGCGAAGGAGGAACUACAAUUUACCGCCGAGACGUAUCGCUGCUAUCUGGAAAGCUUGCGCAAGCUGAAAGAUUUAAACGAAAGCUACCGGGGUAAAGGCGAACGAAGCAUUCGCGAGACAGCGGACAUGGUUGGCUUUAAGUUGCCGCACGAUCCAAAGUAG